AUGGACCGAAGUUGGAUAAAAUCUAAACGAACAACCGAAGAAUAUGAGAGAGGAGUGGAACAAUUUAUUGAGUUUGCUACGAGGAAUGUAGCAAAUAAUAAUGGAAGAUUUUAUUGUCCAUGUGUGAAUUGCUUGAACGAGCGGAGACUACCCAUUGCAGUAAUACGAGAGCAUGUUUUGUGUGAUGGGUUCCUAAGGAGCUACACCAAGUGGACAUGGCAUGGUGAAUUAGUAGAAGUGCCAAUAGCACAUGUGUCUCAAACUGAAGCAGAAGAAGUGGAUUUGGUUAUGGAAGAUGGUUUGGAGCAAAUGAUUCGUGAUGUUGGAGAUGAUGUCUUUGCACGAUCACAUAUGUAUCAAACUUUGUGUAGUGAUGCAAAAAUGCCUUUGUAUUCAGGGUGCAUUAAGUACACUAAAUUGUCGGCAAUAUUAAAACUAUUUAAUGUGAAGGCAAGAAAUGGGUGGAGUGAUAAGAGUUUCACCGAAUUGCUUGAGAAGGAAUAUGAAAAGUUACAUCACUGUCCACAUUGUGGGUUAUCAAGAUACAAGCAAAAAGAUGGUGACUUCGAAGAUGAUGUGAGGAAGGGUGUUCCAGCAAAGGUGUUGUGGUAUCUUCCCAUAAUUCCAAGGUUUAAAAGAUUAUUUGCUAAUGUCAAAGAUGCAAAACUCAUUAGAUGGCAUGUAGAUGAACGUAAAAGAGAUGGUCAAAUAAGACAUCCAGCUGAUUGUAGUCAAUGGCAGACAAUAAAUUCAAUGUUUCCAUAUUUUGGAAAUGAUCCAAGAAACCUUAGACUUGGACUUGCUACAGAUGGAAUGAACCCGUACGGUAACUUGAGUAGUAGACAUAGCUCAUGGCCUGUCAUGUUAGUGAUCUACAACUUACCGCCUUGGUUGUGCAUGAAACGUAAAUACGUCAUGUUAUCUUUAAUGGUUUCUGGUCCACGACAACCAGGAAACGACAUUGAUGUUUAUUUAAGCCCGCUAGUUGAAGAUUUGAAAAUGUUGUGGGAGGAAGGCGUUGAUGUGUUCGACGGGUACGCAGGCUCCACUUUUAAGUUGCAUGCCAUGUUAUUUUGUACAAUCAAUGACUUUCCAGCAUAUGGUAAUUUGAGUGGGUAUAGCACAAAGGGUCAUAAAGCAUGCCCUAUAUGUGAAGAAGGCACAUGUCACCAUCAACUUAAGCAUGGAAAGAAAACGGUUUACAUUGGACAUCGAAGAUUUCUUAGUGCAAACCAUCCUUUUCGUAAAUUAAAAAAAGCAUUUAAUGGAUGUCAAGAAAAUGAAAUAGCUCCAACGCCUUUAAGUGGAUUAGAAGUAUAUGAACGUGUAAAGGACAUAAAUGUUGUGCUUGGCAAGACAAAAAAGCAAGCCACAACUACAAACAUAUGGAAGAAAAGAUCAAUCUUCUUUGAUCUCCCAUAUUGGAGGAUGCUUGAUGUGAGACAUUGUAUAGAUGUCAUGCAUGUAGAGAAAAAUGUGUGUGAUAGUAUUAUUGGAACACUCCUUAAUAUUCAAGGCAAGACAAAAGAUGGUAUGAAGAGUCGCUUGGACUUGGUUGAAAUGGGAAUAAGAGAACAAUUAGCUCCACAAUCUCAUGGCAAACGAACAUACUUGCCUCCAGCAUGUCACACAUUAUCUAAACAAGAAAAGAGAAGUUUCUGUGAGUUUUUACAUGGUGUGAAAGUUCCGUAUGGUUACUCUUCCAAUGUGAAACGACUUGUAUCUAUGAAGGAUUUAAAAUUACUUGGGUUAAAAUCUCAUGAUUGUCAUGUUUUAAUUAAAGUUUUUGAGCCUGCAUGGUUGGACUAUUUGGAGAAUGAGGCUAAAGUUAUAUUAUGUGAGUUGGAAAUGUAUUUCCCUCCAUCAUUUUUUGAUAUCAUGGUUCACUUGAUUGUACAUUUAGUAAGGGAAAUUAGACUUUGUGGACCUGUGUUCUUGCGAUGGAUGUACCCAAUUGAGCGAUACAUGAAGAUAUUGAAAGGGUACGUCAAGAACCAAUAUCGUCCUGAAGCAUCAAUUGUUGAAAGAUAUAUUGCAGAGGAAGCUAUUGAGUUUUGUACAGAAUACAUAUCAGAAAUUGAAGCUAUAGGGGUACCUAAAACUCGCCACCAUGGAAGAAUUGCUGGUAAAGGUACUCGAAGUGCAAAAGUGGUGACAUUGGCACGACAUGAAGUUAUCCAAGCACAUUUUUAUAUCUUGAAUAACACUAACAUUGUCCAACCCUACCUAAGUGCUCACAAAGACAUUGUAAAGAGAGAUAAUCCACGGAUGCCUGAGAAGUGGUUGAUUAAUGAGCAUAACAAGACUUUCUUAAGGUGGUUCAAAGAAAAAGUUCAAAUUGAUAAUACAAGUUGUGAUACAUUGAAAUGGUUAGCAUGUGAGCCAAACUUUGAUGUCAUAUGUUGGAGUGGAUAUGAUAUUAAUAAUUGUUCAUUUUAUACAAAAUCUGAAGAUGAUAAAAGUACUAUGCAAAAUAGUGGAGUUAUGGUUGUGGCUGAAUCAAUGCAUUUUUCUAGCUCAAAGGAUAAACAUCCUAUUAUGGCUUCAAUGUGUUACUUUGGUGUAAUUGAAGAUAUAUGGAUGAUUGAUUAUACAAGUUUUAGAGUUCCUGUUUUUAAAUGUAAAUGGGUUGAUAGUAAUAAUGGUGUUAAAACUGAUGAUUUGGGUUUUACCUUAGUUGAUUUACAUAAGGCCAAAUAUACUGAUGAGCCAUUCAUCAUGGCAUCUCAAGCAAAACAAGUUUUUUAUGUCAAUGAUCCUUCUAACAAAAGAUGGUCAAUUGUGCUCCAAGGAAGAACUACACAUGGUAGUCAUCCAAAUGACGGUUCAACACUUGAUAUUUAUGAGACACCAUCUUUCUCCACAAAUAUACCAACAUUGGAUGUUGAUACCGAAGUUGAUGAUGUCCAUGCCACACGUGAUGACCAUCAUGAAGGGUUAUGGGAGAAUAUUCCAACAUAG